UGGUUUAUGAACAGCCCCUAGUGGUUCAAUAUGUUUAUCUGCGCCACCUGUAUAUGUACCUCAUUGGAUUUAAGCCAGUUUUUAAAUGAUGAUUUUAUGAGAAAUAUAAAGUGUACGGUUUUUGUGUGCAAUAUGUUGGAACGACAGAACCUGUUGCGCAAUCUAAAAUGUCGUUGAUAAAGACAAUCCAACUUUAUGCGAGGUAUGCGCUUCAAUAGAACUAAUAUUCUGAUUUGUUACUGGAAUCGAAACAACCCGAGCUUUAGUAAAUGUAUAAACGGAUGAUUUGGUUUAAAGUAACAAAUCUUUGGUUUAGAACUACCGGCAAUGUUUGUUGUUAAGGACUGUAUCGUUAAUUAUGAGUACACCUUUGAGACUCUGUAUUAAAAAGACUAUGCCUUAUUUUGACAACUGCUAUGUGUCUAGGUGUUACUAACGUUGUAAACAAACGAUAACCUUUAUUUAAAUUUAAAGUUUUUCCUCAAGUGGAACAAUGCGAGGAUUUACGGAGUAGAAGCGAAAAUCGAUUGUGACCAGGCACUGCAAUGAAAAAUGAGCAUCGCUAAGAAAAUUAGCAAAAAAUGAAUGUGUUAGGGUUUUUGUUGUCCAAAAUACUAUCAAACGAUUCGGUAUGCAUAACACACUGAAAAACUUACCCGGACGCGGUAAAAAACAGGUGCGUCCAAGUCAAAUUUGGACAGCAAAAUUUGCAAAAUCGUUGAAAAAAAUAGGAGGUAUCCAUUAGAGAUUACGCAAAAAAGUGCGGAACGACUGUUGGUAUGGUUCAACGUGCCAAGGAGCGUAAUUCCCUUAAGACCUACCCAAAACAGAAAUGUCCAAAACGCAGUCAAAUUCUAGCGGAUUAUAUGAAAACUCGGGCUUGGAAACUGUACGACGAUGUUUUGAGCAAAAAUUGCAUGUGCAUAAUCAUGGAUAAUGAAACGUAUGUCAAAUUGAACUACAAGGCACUUCCAGGGGCACAGUUUUUCACUGUGAAGUGUGACACGGAUGUUACGAAGUAGGAGAAAUCGAUUGGGAAAAUUGAGGAAAGAAAGGAGAGAAAUUGGGAAAAUGUGUUGGUUUGGCAAGCAAUUUGACAAUGUGGUAUAAAAUCGUCACCUUUCUUGAACUUCUCAAGUAUGAACGUCGAAAUAUACCGGACGGAAUGUCCCCAGAAACUUAUUCUGACACUUAUCAGAAAGCACAAAGGUCCUACAUCACUUUGGCCGGAUUUGGCAUCCUGCCACUAUGCGCGUGACACCUUUGACAGGUAUGAAGAAAACAAUGGUCAAUUUGUGGAAAGGGCAAUGAAUCCUCUAAAUCUCCCGCAAAUAAGGCCCGUUGAGAAAUAAUUAACUUUGAUGAAAGGGAAACUACGGAUAAAGGAUAGAGGAGCAGAGGACGUCACAAAAUUCAAGAAAAACUGGGUCAGCGUAAGCAAAACCAUCGUCGGAACGGUUGUCCAAAACCUUAUGAAGAACACCCAGAAGAAAGUUCGAGAAGUGGCAAGAACCACGAAAAAUUAAAUAUACAAUCAUGUCAUGGGCUUUUCUGAUGGUCAAUAAACAAUGUAAUUGAAUUCAAUUUAUAAAAUAAAUAUGGUAAGUGGGGGCAGGAUGGGUCACCUAAAAAAAGGAUCCCUAUAAUUUUCUGAAUAUAAAUCGCAUUUCUCAGUAUUCUACCACGACUCUCAGAUACACUAGUCAGCUAUGAUAUAAGAGUAUAAAAAGGUAAUAAAGUUUGAAACCUGUUUCUUGACAAACAAUUUUCAAAACAUGACCCAUCUUGCCCCACCUCAUUUUAACGGGGGCAAGAUGGUUCAGCUAUAAGAAAACUCGAUUUUCCUCCAACAAAAAAUACUAUAUCUUCUAGUUUUUCUCUAUAUGUACAUCCAAGCUUCAUAGACGUACAGAUUACAUGAAGAAAGUGUUGAAACAUAUUGGUAGAUUAUUCUCAGAACUAGAAGAUUUUUGUUCGGGUAGCCAUAAACGGACUUUGAAAACCUAUAUUUUUUGAAGGAAAAUUUAAAAAAAAUAUGUUCUCAAAUUUUCAGUGCUCUCAUCGCUUCAAUAAUGUAGGUCACAGAAUAGCCUUUCCAUGAAAAAUAAAACAUUUUCAAAAACUAUGCAAACAUACCGAAUAAUUAGGGUGACCCAUUGUUCAGUUCGACAGCAGCCAAACUGAAGAAGCGUCUAGCAGUGGCGGCGACAGUGUGCAUCACGAGAGCUCCGCCCAUCCAACCAACGCCGAACGAACGACGAUGACGAAGCAGAGGUCGAACAGCGAACGGGCCACAAUAAAAUCAACAGCCAAACAGCGACCAGCGUCAGUAUUAUUUCAUCCGUCGUCGAGACUACCACACAGCAGCGAAGCCGAAGCGAAGGGAGCUAUAGCACGUGAAGACCGCAUGAGACAACGAGCAGAGCCGACCGACGCGACGGUGCGCCAAUAGCGUGAUCGGCGCGUGGCCCCACCCUCGUGCGGGCUAUAAAUAUAGUGCGCAUCGUGGCAGCAGCAUCAGUUUUUUACGGACCGCCAAGGAAUGAACAUCAGAUAAUCAAGUGUUAAGUUAAGUGGAGAGAAAUGAAUAAUAUAGAGUAGUUUAAGUAAAUCUCCUGUGUUUGCAUCUGGUCAUCGCGCUUCUGAAACAUCCCCGAUUCCACCAAAAGAGUUGUUCAGAAUUAAUUUUCCUAGAGUUAUUCGGAGCAACGGAGUUGUUCGGAAAUUGUUUUCCUCCACACAAACAGCCUUUAUCAAGGCUCAAAGAGUUAUCAGGUUGCUGCUAGAGGAGUCUAGUCCAGCUCAACCACCGGGGCUUCAUGAGGCGAAGCCAGGCCAACGUCCGGCCAUCAUCCUGGGAAGGAACGCGAGGGUUCCUGCUCCCACCCGGCUCGGUUCCUGAGCGGAACGCGAGCACCACAACAUAGCCAGCGCAGUACAGUCCACUGCCAUCCCGUACAUGGAUUUGGUCCUUCGAGCCGGAUGCUCGAGUGCGAGUGUCCGAUUCUGUUAUCGACGGUGAUCGGUGGUUUGAUCGGAUGAGUGGUGAUUGGAGGCAAACACGGAGAAGAUAGUAAAGUGAUUGAAAAACAAAGACAAUAAGUGAACAAGUGACAGUUAGUGAGAACUACAACGAACUAAAGUGAAGUGAAGCAAGCUAAACAGUGAAAAUGAAGCACACACCAAUGAAGUCGUCCAAGAUGGCCAGCUCUAGUGAAGAAGAUCUGAGCACUCUUGUACAGUUGCGUGGCAUGGCACAAGGUAACAUCACGCGCAUCAAGAACAUCUUGACCCAAGCCCAAGCGGACCAGGCUGAGCUGCCUUCCGCUCAAGUGAAAGUGUACGUGAAGAAAGUGGAAAGUGCUUACAACGAGUACCAUCAGCACCACCAGCAGAUAGUGGCGAUUCUUCCUUCGAACAAGAAGGAGGAACAGAACGAGAAGUUCCUGCAAUUCGAGACGUUGCACGAAGAGGUGUCCAUCAUGCUCGAGACCCUUCUCGAGGCUCAAGCCGCACCACCUGCGGCGCAACAAGUGCAACCACCGGCGAACCAGCAACCGUUGGUCAUCCAGCAAUCUCUUCCUCGUGCCAUCCCCACCUUCGACGGGAGGUACGAGAAUUGGGAUCGGUUCAAGAUCAUGUUCCGUGAUGCAGUCGACCGUACCAACGAAGCACCUCGAAUUAAGCUGUAUCACCUUGAGAAGGCCCUCGUCGGUGAUGCGGCGGGAAUCAUAGACGUGAAGACGAUUGCCGAUGGAAACUACGCCCACGCCUGGGAGUUACUGGAGGAAAGGUUCGAGGAUCAGCGGCGAAUGAUCGACAUCCAUAUUGCUGGACUGCUCGGAGUGAAGAAACUUUCGAAGGAGGAUUUCGGUGAGUUGCGAUCCUUGGUCGAGUCUACCACUAGUCACGUGGAAAACUUGAAGUUCCUUGACCAAGAGUUCACCGGCGUCUCUGAGCUCAUUGUCGUCCACCUAAUCGCACGUGCACUGGAUCCUACCACGAAGAAGUUGUGGGAGUCGACGAUAAAGCGAGGAGAACUCCCAAACUACGAAGACACCAUACAGUUCCUGAAAGACCGCGUCUCAGUUCUGGAGAGAUGCCGCGAUACGGAUGAAGAAGCCAAGGCACAGCGUACAUCGGCGAAACCAGCUACGAGGAAGCAGGCGUUUCCCAAUGCCAACGCAGCGACAGCUCCUCCAUCAGCGGAUAAGCGGUGCACCAUUUGUGAUGAAAGCCAUGUGACGUACAAGUGCUCUGUGUUCAACGGCUUGAGUGUGAGUGAUCGACUGGCCAAAGUCAAACAGAAGAACGUGUGCUACAACUGCUUGAGAAGUGGACAUAGUGUGAAGAACUGCCCAUCGAAGAAGUCGUGCUCCAAGUGCAACAAGCGGCACCACACCCUGCUCCAUUUGGAAGGUGGUGCAAUCUCGUCGCAGCCUGCGAAUGAAAAUUCAGCGAAUGGAGUUCCAGGAUCAGCCCAACCGGCGGCGUUGGCUGUCAGACAGCAGUCGGCCGAGAACCAGCCAUCAGUGACAGCAGCGCAUUCCAACAACCCGGUGAACCCAGCGAGCCAGGUGGUGUUGCUCACUGCCCUUGUCAACGUUAUGGACCAUCAACAGCGGCCUCGUGUGUGCAAAGCCCUGCUAGACUGCGGAUCUCAGGUGAGUUUUAUCUCCCAAUCAUUUGUCAAUACUCUUGGUAUUCAAGUGGAAGAAGUAAGUGUCCCGAUAACAGGCAUAGGCAGUGUAAGGUCGACAAUCAGGCAAAAAUGUACCAUUAACGUCCACUCUAAAUGCAGCGAUUUCUCUUUCAUGUUGAAUUGUUUGGUCUCGCCGAAGAUUACUGGCCAGGUUCCGCCGGUUAAGAUAAAUUUGGAGAAUUGGGAACUUCCUCAAGGUCUCAGGCUGGCUGAUCCAUCCUUCCAUGAACCUAGCCACGUUGAUUUGCUAAUUGGAAUGGACUGGUUCUAUGACAUUAUGAAACCAGGGUGUUUGAAAAUAGACGAUAAUCUCCCUAGCCUUCACGACUCUAAGCUUGGUUGGUUAGUCGGGGGCAAGUUGCUUGACUGUUCUUCCAAUCUUGUGCUGAAUUCCUGUGCCGUUCGAGUUGACCCCGUUGAAGAACUAGUGCAGAAAUUUUGGGAAGUUGAAGGUGUGUCUUCAGAGUUGGUUCUGUCCAGUGAGGAAGAGCAGUGUGAAUCGCAAUUCGCAUCAACCCAUCGUCGAGACGACAGCGGUCGUCUCAUCGUUCACCUCCCACUGAAGGACAACGCAUCUCAACUAUCGGAUUCCCGUACCAUGGCCUUGCGACGAUUUUUCAUGCUGGAGUCUAAACUACAACGUCAUCCAGAUUUAAAAGCCCAGUAUGAUGCCUUCAUGGACGAGUACGAAUCCCUUGGGCACUGCCGGGAGGUCCAAGAACGCGACGAUCCUCCUGGAGUUCUGAAGUGGUAUCUUCCCCACCAUGCCGUCCUCCGCCCAUCGAACACAACUACAAAAUGCCGGGUGGUAUUCGACGCAUCUGCAAAGGUGGCCGGAUUGUCCCUCAACGAUGUUUUGAUGACCGGAUACAACGUUCAGAGCGAUUUGUUGUCUAUCAUCCUACGGUUCCGGAGGUAUCGAUACGUUAUGAGCGCCGAUGUAGCCAAAAUGUACCGCCAGGUUGCCGUAGAUCCCGCUUUCACUCCACUACAAAGGAUUUUUUGGAGAAAGUCGCCCCAAGACCCACUACGUGUUCUCGAACUAACUACUGUGACGUACGGAACGGCCUCAGCCCCUUUCUUGGCCACGCGAUCUCUGCUGCAACUUGCACGGGAUGAACGAGAAACCUUUCCGCUCGCUUCCGCCGUUGUCGAGGAAAAUGUCUACAUAGACGAUGCUCUUUUUGGUUCCGACGAUUUCCUACAAGCAUGUGAGCUUCGAGAUCAGCUGAUAGCCUUGCUCCAGUCCGGUGGAAUGCACCUUCACAAGUGGUCAUCCAACACUAGUCAGCUCCUAUCGCCCAUUCCCAGUGAAGAUCGAGACAGCUGCGCAUCUUUCAGCGAAAGUGGCUUCAACGAGGUCAUCAAAACCUUGGGAUUGAUGUGGAAUCCUUCCACAGACGAGUUCUUGUUCCGAUCAUCCCCUUCAGAAAAGGCCAGCAGACCCACCAAGCGUCAAGUCCUGUCCAAGAUUGCCAAGAUUUACGAUCCGCUCGGACUUAUUUCUCCAGUGGUGGUACUGGCAAAAAUAGUCAUGAAGAAAUUGUGGAUCAGCAAGCUGAAUUGGGAUGAUCCGUUAGACGAUACCCUCCUGAACGAGUGGGAGAACAUUCUGAUGUCACUGCCAACUUCGGAGCAAAUUCGCAUUCCACGCCAUGUGUUAUCGAACAAGGCGGUGCGGUACGAAUUGCACGGAUUCGCGGACGCGUCCCAGAAGGCGUAUGGGGCAUGCGUGUAUGUUCGCUCAAUAUUCCCUGAUGGCACCGCAUCGACGAAGUUGGUCAGCGCUAAGUCUAAAAUUGCACCGAUUUCACCCCUGACAAUCCCUCGAAAGGAAUUACUAGCAGCCCUUCUUUUGUCAAGAUUGAUUAGUAAGGUCGAAGCAGCGUUGGAGAUGAGCUUCAGUUCCAUCGUUCUCUGGUCGGAUAGUCAAGUUGUAUUGGCAUGGUUACACAAACCGCUUGGCACUCUCCAAACCUUCGUCCGCCACAGAGUUACAGAGAUCACAUCGAAUACUAGUCACGUUUGGAAAUAUGUUCGCACGGAUCAGAACCCCGCCGAUACUGUAUCUCGAGGACAGUCUGCAAGAGAGUUAGCUAACAACGAGCAAUGGUGGAAUGGUCCUCAGUUUUUGUGCUUCGUGGAUUACCCAGAAGAGCGGCCACAGUCACUCCAAGAUUGCGAAAUUCCCGAACUCAGGGUUGAGCUAGCUGCACUGUCGGUCAUGAACUACGAGGAAUUCCCUGUGUUGACAAAGUUCGCUUCGUUCCGUAAAUGCCAACGGAUAGUUGCCUAUAUGCUACGCUUCAUUUCGAACGUUCGAAAGAAGCAGGCCGACCGAGUGAUGUCCCGGUAUCUCACUAUUCCUGAACUACGGGCGGCAUCAAAUUUGAUCGUUGGAGCCAUUCAACAUCAGGAGUUUGCCAAGGAGAUCGAAUGUGUACGAGCAGACGAACCCAACCAUCGUCUUAACAAUUUGAAACCAUUUCUCGACGAGGAUUUACUGCGAGUUGGAGGUAGACUUGGUCAGUCUCAGCUUCCAUUCGGAGUGAAACACCAGCUGAUAUUGCCAAGCAACAACCCCAUCGUGCACGGUUUGAUAAACGACGUCCAUCGAGAGAAUCACCAUGCCGGAAACUCCAUGGUACAAUACCUUUUGCGACAACAUUUCUGGUUGAUCAACGCGAGAUCGACAAUUCGAAAGGUGCUGAGAACCUGCGUUACCUGCUUCAGGACGAAUCCUACCACAAUUGAUCAGCAAAUGGGAGACCUACCAUCGUAUCGGAUCAACCCAGCGCCAGUCUUCGAGAGGGUUGGGCUUGACUUUGCCGGACCAAUCUACGUCAAGCAGUCAGUUCGAAAGGCGACUCCGGUAAAGGGCUACAUCUGUGUCUUCAUCUGUAUGGUGACAAAGGCCAUGCAUCUGGAAGCCGUGGAAGAUCUGUCCACAGACUCGUUCCUUGCGGCUUUUCAACGAUUCGUGUCCAGACGAGGAUAUCCGAAGGAAGUCUUCUCCGAUAACGGGACCAAUUUCAUCGGAGCAAGGUCAGCAUUGCAGGAGCUCUAUCGGCUAUUCAAGGAGGAGACCACCCAGAACAAGAUCUUCGAGUAUUGCCAAGCAAAGCAGAUCGCUUGGAAGACCAUCCCCCCAAAUGCGCCACAUUUCGGAGGACUUUGGGAGGCCGGUGUGAAAAGUGUUAAAACAGUGCUCAAAAGGGUUUACCAAUCCACCUCCCUAACACUCUCCGGACUAUCCACCCUGUUGUGCCAGAUUGAAGCAAUCCUCAACUCGAGACCACUUUAUUCCCAAUCUAACGAUCCGACGGAACCUGAAGCGUUGACCCCUGGACAUUUUAUUGCCAACCGUCCACUUUUAGCAAUUCCCGAACCGUCUGUAGUAGGUAUCCCGACCAAUCGUUUGUCCCACUGGCAGCACAUACAACAGCUUCGCGAACACUUCUGGAAACGAUGGUCGAGAGAGUAUCUCACCGAAUUACAAGUGCGAGGCAAAUGGACCAAACAGAAGGUAAACAUCCAACCGGGAAUGGUUGUUCUCCUGAAGGAUGACAAUUUGCCCCCACAGUGCUGGAAUCUGGGCCGGGUAGAAAGGGUACACCCGGGAGCCGAUAACCUGGUAAGAGUGGUAGACGUUCGAACGAAAACUGGUACAUUUAGACGACCUAUACACAAGCUUGCGCCUUUGCCUAUCUUGGACAAUGAUCCAAAUGUCCAAACUUCCACUUUUUGCCGGGGGGAGAAUGUUCAGUUCGACAGCAGCCAAACUGAAGAAGCGUCUAGCAGUGGCGGCGACAGUGUGCAUCACGAGAGCUCCGCCCAUCCAACCAACGCCGAACGAACGACGAUGACGAAGCAGAGGUCGAACAGCGAACGGGCCACAAUAAAAUCAACAGCCAAACAGCGACCAGCGUCAGUAUUAUUUCAUCCGUCGUCGAGACUACCACACAGCAGCGAAGCCGAAGCGAAGGGAGCUAUAGCACGUGAAGACCGCAUGAGACAACGAGCAGAGCCGACCGACGCGACGGUGCGCCAAUAGCGUGAUCGGCGCGUGGCCCCACCCUCGUGCGGGCUAUAAAUAUAGUGCGCAUCGUGGCAGCAGCAUCAGUUUUUUACGGACCGCCAAGGAAUGAACAUCAGAUAAUCAAGUGUUAAGUUAAGUGGAGAGAAAUGAAUAAUAUAGAGUAGUUUAAGUAAAUCUCCUGUGUUUGCAUCUGGUCAUCGCGCUUCUGAAACAUCCCCGAUUCCACCAAAAGAGUUGUUCAGAAUUAAUUUUCCUAGAGUUAUUCGGAGCAACGGAGUUGUUCGGAAAUUGUUUUCCUCCACACAAACAGCCUUUAUCAAGGCUCAAAGAGUUAUCAGGUUGCUGCUAGAGGAGUCUAGUCCAGCUCAACCACCGGGGCUUCAUGAGGCGAAGCCAGGCCAACGUCCGGCCAUCAUCCUGGGAAGGAACGCGAGGGUUCCUGCUCCCACCCGGCUCGGUUCCUGAGCGGAACGCGAGCACCACAACAUAGCCAGCGCAGUACAGUCCACUGCCAUCCCGUACACCCAUCUUGCCCCGUCUACACAAUACACGUAGUUAUAUGGAAUGUAUAGCAUAAGGAGUAUAACGAAAAAAUAUUUUGUUUUUUUUCUGUGCGAGGAACGUAUAGAAUUUACAAAACAAUAUAUCACUUUUUUGUGUAUCCUCGUCGCUCAUCUGGGAAAAUUAUUGAAAGAUUCAAAACAUAUAUUGUGCGAUUGAAAACGGUACUGACCCAUCUUGCCCCCACAUACCAUACAACAUUCCAAAUACAGCCAUUUUCAGGUGUACUCAUAAUUAACGAUACAGUCCUUAUACAUAAACUUGUGAUAGUAGAAACAACAAACCAGCUGAUUUGUUUCAAACCGUAAUUUCUGGGUUAAUGCAACAAAAGUUUCAGUGUGCUGGUCGGCGAAAUGGUCCAAGCGGCUCAGGCUGGCCACCCACACUUACUUCUAAAGUCGAAAAGAGAUGGCAGAAUUCUAAUUAUUUAAUUUAAAAAUAAUCUUUUCUCUCCCGCCUUAUCUUACGCCCGUAAUUACGGUCAGUUUUUACGACUUUCCAUACACAGAGCCUAAUCGAAUCAUACAUGAUAGAUGUACGCCGGUUCUACAUGAUCAACCUACGGUGCAUCUAUCCUAGUGCAAUCAGAUCUCCCUCACCACAAGACGGUUGCGCAUUCUAUUCCCUAAGUCUUUUUUGGGAAUUUUAUUACCCUGCCGGCGGUCGUCCCUUGGCACUUUUUCUGGUUAUCACUGCCGGUUCCGUGGAACCUAAGCAAGACGAGGUUGGUGGAUUGUUUCUAUAUUGAUCAGCUACCCACCGGUAAGCUGACUUGCCACCUAAAGAGACGCAUUUUUUAUGUAUUUAUUAGGGCUUAGAAAUCCUCUACAUAGAGAUGAGCGGAAGUUUUAUAUGACAAAUCGGCAACGCUGUUUGUUUUGUUUACAACUGCUUCCAACACUUGCCACAAAGCUAGAUGUUCAAACUUUGUGCGUGACUUUGUGUGGUGCAAGUUGUUUUGUUUACGAUUGCUAAUUAAUGAUCGAGCUUUAUUUUACAACAUUUUUGAAAAAAUAGCAGCGCAAUCGAAAAAAUAUGAAAGGCAUUGCAAAGAGCAGCGCAAAUCAUAUCAGUAGAAGUGAAUCAAGCAGCAACAAUGGAAGGUUUUACGAGAAGAGAAGAUACAAAAGUUUCUACAUGAACAUAAGUACUAGAAAGCAUAAUUAAUUAAUUAUUAUCUUUUUUACUACAAUUUAAUAUGCCAUCAAUUCAUCGAUAUCAAAAGUAAAUAAUUAUAAUUUGUUCAGUUCUGAUUCCAAUACCGUUCGGACGACGCAUUCCUACAAAUAAUAAACAUGUUCGUUUGGCUUACACUUUGACAUUUCUCUCUGCACGAUUGGCUCACAAUGGCCGCUUCCGCAGAUCUCUAUAAUGUAGGAUUACUAUUAGGGCUCAACAACUCACAAUUUAUGUGUAUUGGUGAAAGCGCCAGCUGACUCAACAGAGAGGAAACAAACACUCCUGCAUGCGGAUGUACCGAUGAAGCAGGUUUUGCAGGUCAUUUUAUUUGUCUGUUUCCCAUCUUUAACUUAUUCAUCACGGUGUGCUCAUGACGCAAGCAAUUUACAGGCAUAUGCGAUGGGAGAAUAAAAGAAACAGCAAAUCAGGGGCCACACCAUGAACGAGUACCUUACUCAGGGUGUCUACUACCUGGAAAACCUGGAAUUAUCAGAGAAUUCCGGAGUCAAUCAGGGAAUUUUUGGUGGAAAGGCGUUUUUAUUGAAACUAGUUGGAACUAGACCUAUAUAAAUUUUGUAAAGAAAUUCCGGUGAAAUAUAUAAAACUAUUGCUUGCAUUUCUUGAUUCUUGAAUAAUACUCUUCAGAACUCAGGGAGUGGAUUAUGAUAGAUUUUCGAAGGAAGUUGAUGACCGAAGCUGGGAAGAAAUGGCUUUAUUUGGAAAUAAAGCUGAAAUGCUUUGAGAUUUUUAUUCUUACUGCUAAUAAUACUGGGAAAUUUUCCAUGGAAUAUCACAUUUACUUUCGGCUAGUGUCACCAAGCAUUUAGUCGCAUCGUGCUAAGGAGCGCGGGUUCGAUUCCCGCCGCAGCUGUCAGUCAGCUGCUAGUCCGUUGUCUAGUGUCGUGCUUCCUUCAAAGAGCGAACAGCUCAAUGGAAAUACUAAACGUGUCCGUGUUUUUUUUAUAUUUGUCAUGUGUAAUGGGACCUUUACUGCCCCCAUUCGCAAAACAGUCCCAUAUGAAUAGGAAACCCAGCAAAGAUGGGACUGUUAUGCGAGUGGGGGCAGUUUAUACCAUCAUAAAUUUAUACAAAGUGUUGCGGAUGCCAGUCGUCCUUUCCGCGAUACACCAAUGAUUGGAAGCAGCUUUCGUGUUGUGCAGCUUCAAUACUGUAUCUUCUAUUCGACCCGUGUUGCCAGUUUCACAGAGCAUUUGCAUCUCAACACAAAGUAUUUGUCGAAAUUUCUUGAAGACUCUCACCUACAUCAAAUUUCUUCUAGCAAAAUUCAGCAAAUUAUUUUCUGUUGUGUGUAUGGCAAAUUUGGUGGUUCGUCCAAUUUACUACUGUUAGUUUAUUUUUUCUAAAAAAAGGCCAAAUACAAAACAUUUUUUUUUUAAAUUUGAUUAUAUUUUGAAUCCUUAUAUUACAUGUAUAAAUACUAAAAAGACAAGGAAUCAAUCAAAAAAGCAAUACAAGGCAUAGUUUUACGAGUAUUUACAAUUUUAGGUAAUUUCACGGUGUGUCUGGUAGAACAAAUUUAUUACAAAAAAAUGGGCAUCGCUAAUUUUUACGCUACGGUGAAAGUUGACGCUACCAGCUUUCAUUCAAGCCCAACAUCGAAAUAUUCCAUCGGGGGAACUUUUUCAUACAAAAAUUGGGUAUGUUUGUUAAGUAGAAAUAGGGAUUAAUUUGGAACCGUGCAUUUUGUAUGGGGAAAAACAGUAUUCUGAAAAAGUUCUUCGGGAUCCCUCGGUGGAUUUUUUUGAGGGACCCUGCAAAUGAAAGCUGAAAGCCUCUAUUUUUGAAUAGCGAAAAAUUUGACGAUGCCCAUUUUUUUGUUAUAAACUUUUCCCAUACACACGCCGUGAUUUAAGAGUAGCUAGUAUCAAACUAUAAGACUCUAUAUUCAAAAAAUCGUAUCCCAAAAACUAAAAAACAUACAUUUUUGAUUUUUGAUAUUGGGUUUCUCAUCAAUGUUUAGACUACUGUAAUAAUUUGAGAAUUCACUGAAUCAUCAUUUCCCCGCGAAAUUUCACACUAAUCAAACUUAAUUUGUUUACCUGUCGUGCAUCCGACGCCAUUGUCACGAACUCAACCGAACUUGUGCAUGCCAGCCGCUGCGAAGUCGUGUGCGAAAUUCGACUGUGAUGAUAAUGAAUUUCGGCCGAGUCUAAAUGGGUGCAAAUGUCGCAAUAUGUUACGCCAAAUUUCCUGAAUUUUCCGAUAAAAAUAUAAAACCAGGGUACCCCUUUGAUCCCGAGACCUUGAAAACGUGAACAAACCGAAGACUACUUUAUCAAGAAGACAUGCAACUCUGUUGUUUUCUCAUACUAACGGCAUGCGACACCGAUGGCAUCGCCGCCUGUUGAGCUAAGGUGGUACCUUUGCAUAAAAGUGUAAGAGUGUAUUGGUGCGAGCAUGAAGAUUUACACACACUAUCAUAAAUGCUUCCACCUUAAUCCGUGGUGGCGCUGCUAACAGUAACUCCCGAUUUUAAGCAGUGUUGCAAGUCUUCUUAAUAAAGUGGUCUUCGAAAAAAAAACUAAUAUAUUUGCAUAUUUUUUUUUAACACAAAAACCUUGACAAAAACACAAUUUGGCUCAUUCAUUGCAUUUUUCCUGAAAACUAGCCGUUCAUAAGUGUUGUCACGGGCGAACAUUAGUGUAACUACAACAUCGAUUAUAUGGACACGGCCGCGGCGUGUAACAAGACAUCUAAAUGUUGAACACCGUACCCAGGAAGUCGAGGAAAUUUCUAUUACGAAAUGUUCCUGGACCGACCGGGUUUCAAACCUAUCUCCCUCAACAUGGUCGUACUGAAUACGCGCAUUUAUCGCUUCGACUAUAUGGGCUCUUUGCAUUUGCAGCGUUUCUAAAACUUAUUCAACUUCAAUCUUCUC